AUGGUGGCCCAGGGCAGCCUGGCAUUCCGGUAUCCGGGUGUCUCUCAGAGUCCCUGGGUGCCGGAUACUGCUCCCAGCUCUAAGGUGUGCCUGAAGGUGAACUUGGCUGAACUUUCCUCAUCCGGAGGACAGAUAUGUCAGCCGCCAUACCAAGGUAUUAAAAAGCGUAUUUCUGAGAUGAUCGAUUAUUUCAGGAAGGAGAAAAGGGAACAUGUACCAAAUAUGUCCAUUUGGGGACAGAAGGAUCACAUUACAACAUGUGCAGAAAUGAAUAAAAUGACAUCCAGUGACAUAAUUAAAACUACAUGGGCCAAGAUUAAAUUUGAGAGAUGUCAGAAGAUCAAAAAUUCAAACUUGUCAGGAAAUGAAAAGCAUGACUUGUGGGAAUCAAAGCACGGAGCCUUGAGGUUCAGAAUUAAAAACAUCCUGAACAAUGGUGAGGAACUGUACCUGAAAGAGAAGGAGACUAAGUUCAAAAUGGCGAAGACCACAGCAGAUUACAUUUCCGAGAGGAAGCUGAGGAAAAACCUUCAGCUGUCAGAAAGCGAGAGGCAGCAGUUCCAAGUGGACAACACCUUGAGAUGUGCUAGAGAAAAAAUAAGGAUAUACAAGAAAAUAAUUGACAAUAUGACAGAGCAGCAACACCAAGCCGACUUGAAGUAUAGACUCCAGAUGGGAACAUCAAACCGGAGGGCUGCACACUACUGGCUCAAGACUAAAAUAUUAGAAAGACAGAAGGCAGAGCAGAGCUGGGAAGCUGCCUGCUUGAGGCGCAGACUGGAAAUAAUGGAACUAUUACAUGGACUCCAAACACCUUUAUGGAAGAAACCCAGCACCCAGGACACCGUGCGGAGAGUGAAAGCUCCAGGGAAGUCAGAGCUUCAUCACGUCAGCGCCCACUUCCUUGGUCACAUCGUACAGUUCAGCUGCGGUUGGGAUCUGACCCAGCGACCUCAUGACUGA